CUUUCCGUAGCCUGCUCCUACUGCUUUCAUUCUUAUUUCGUUUUUCUCAACUCUCCUACUCUCUCCCACCUAUGUACGGACAGCCCUCCGCCAGAGGCGGAGGUGUAAGCAGCAGGGGCCGGCAUAAGCCCCCUUACCAGAACCGACCCAAUGAAAGAUCCCAAGCUGGGAAAGACUCAAAAGAGCUUCUCGAGAAGGUGGGACGCGCCGUUGUGGAGGCUCGCCUCAAAAUUCUUGGGAGUGGAGAGAGCGUGACGUCGUGGAAAGUGUCUCAGGAAGCGCUGUUGAUGCUCAAGAUCGACUCGUGGAGCUCUUUAGGAUUUUCGAUGCAGGAGGUUCCGAAUCUUCAUCGCCUUCUUGUCACGGAAGGGAAGAUAAAUACAUUUAUCCAUUGCUUUAUUGAGGUUCGAAGAAUUACUUCAUUGUAUGAUUUGGAAGUGGCAAUCUGCGAGAAUGAGGGUGUAGAGAAGUUUGAAGAGCUGGAGUUGGGCCCUUUGCUACGACACCCACUUAUCUUGCAUUAUUUCUCAGUGAACUCUGAUGUAACAGAAGUCUUUAAAAUCACUAGUGGAGAGAUAAUUUCUUUCCUUUGGAAGUUCUUUUAUUGGAGUAAGAAGCACCAUAAGCAUAAAGAUAUUAGGGCUGAAGAGUUUUUGGAUUUCAUUGCUAAGAAGCAAUCGGUUGAGAGCAAGGAAAAGCUUGGCAUACGAAUUCAGAGCUUGGGGAUGCAUAUUUCUGCUAUUCGAAAAGCGGGGUACUCAGAGAAUGCCACAGUAAAAAAAUCUGUGGAGGCAUUGAAAUCAGAAUCUGAUAAGAAAUGCAGGAAACAUCCUCCUUUGUCAUCACUGAAGAAGCAGCUGAAUGAACCUUCCAAUUCUACACGAAGUAUUGAAUCAUUUUUAUCAGAAAAGACGGAUUUAUGUGGAGGAGACAAAAGAUCAUUCAUUUCAUCAAGCUCAGAUGAUGAAAACAGUGAUGAUUGUACUUCUUAUGAUGAAAGGAUUGGCAAUUCUACACAAACUGUUAGAAGUUAUGACCAAAAUAUAGAUAUAGAUUUUCAUGCAGUAAAAUAUUACAAGACUGAGGAGGAUGGCAAUGUGAAUGAAGCUGAUCUUGCGAUUGUGAAUGACUCUAAGAGGACACGCUUAUCAAAAAAGAACACUAACUCUAUGAGGUCGUUUAUAACAACCUGGAACAAGGCGUGUCAGGAGCAUACAGUGCCUGAGGUUUUCAAGAGGAUGCUUGAAUUUUAUGACAAAAAAGCUCCAGGAAAAAGGAAAGAGAAACGAAUGAAGAAAAUUGAAUCAAUGUUUUCAUCCUUCCCCUGUGCUGGAUUACUAAAUGUUGCAAUCUCAUCUAUCAAAUCUGGAAUGUGGGACAUCAUAUAUGAUACACACGAAGCUGCAAGUGAGAAGGAAUUAACAAACAGAUUUAUCGAAAAAUCUUCUGAACAUGAGAUCACAGAUGUUGAUCCCAGUGUUAAGGAUGCACCAGUCAUUGCUGAGAAUGAAGUGGAGCUUAUACACAGUGUUUCUGUUCAAGACAUUAUCAGAAAAGUGGCAACGUAUUUUGACCUCAAUGACGUCAACAGUUAUGGCAUACCACUCCUUGAAAGAAGAAUCAUCCUCUUGAGGAAGCUUUAUAACUGUGAGUUUUGGCUGGCAGAACAAUUUUGUGCCAAGACGUUCAAGUCCCUUGGUUAUGGGGAUUUUUUAAUGUUCCUUGAAAAACAUGCCUCUCUGCUACCUGAUCAGAUGCACAAUUUCUUAAUAGGUGAUGUGUAUGAAAAUUCUCCUUUGGAGGUUUGCAUGCUCCAGAAUCAAUUGGUUGUUUUACUAGCACAAGCUUUGAAUGGCUUAUGGGGAGAAAAAAAAGUUACCAAACAGAUGAUUUCUUCACUGCUAAUGAGGCAAUUCCCAUUGAUUGGUUUCAAAAUUUCUGAAAAAGGUUCUGUUGCUGAUUUUCUAGAUAUUGUGGGGAAGCAUAAGAGCAAUGUAAUCUCAAAAGCUGUCCUAUUUUCUGUAACAUUAUUUGGAAUGAGUCAUGAUGGAGACUCGCUAGCCCAUCAUGAAAAUGAUCUAGUGGAAACCACCGAGGUGAAAAUUGACAUCAGCCAAAAUGCUGGAGCCCUUAAUUCUGUUACAUCCAAGGAUGCUAUUGAACUUUUAUGUAGGGCACCGUUGUUGUCAGAUUUAAACUUAUGGACACAUUGGGACCUGAUAUUUGCUCCCUCGCUUGGUCCUCUUGUAACAUUGUUGUUGAAUGAAGUCAACACGCAGAAGUUAUUAUGUUUAGUGACUAAAGAAGGAAAGGUUAUCCGCUUGGAUCAUUCAGCUACUGUGGAUUCAUUCUUGGAAGCUGCACUUGAAAGAUCCCCUUUACAAACAGCAGUGCAGCUUUUAUCUCUGUUCUCUUUAGUUGGGGGUGAAAAAUAUGUUCCCACGUCUCUUUUAAAGUGUCAUACACGCCAUGCAUUUGAAGUUAUUAUGAAGACUUUAUUGGAGAAUAUGGAAGUAAACGAGGCUCAAAACUCUCUGAUGCAAGGAUACACAAGACGGAGAAUGGUUGUUGAAACUGCUACUAGUAACUUGAGUAAUGAAUUACUCAUAAAUUUUGAAAAAAUGAAUAAAGCAGUGCCUGUUAUAUCCAGAUUUGUUCUUGACUGUCUUGGCUAUUUACCCCCAGAGUUUCGUGGUUUUGCUGCUGAUAUAUUACUUUCGGGAAUGCGAUCUCUUAUCAAAGAUGCUGCUUCAGCCAUUUUGUCUGAAUGCAACCAAACAGAGCAGCGUCUCAUGCUUCAUGAAGUAGGACUUUCUCUUGGUAUUGUAGAGUGGAUUGAUGAUUACCAUGCAUUUUGUACCACUGAUGCUAGUGAUUUGUACCCACAUGAAACUUUAUGCUUGAACGUUGUUGCACCUGAGAAAAGCAUCAGCUCAAAAACUAUGCAAGAUGUGUUGGACAAGCCUUCCACUUCUGAAGUAAAUACAAAUGUAUCUGCUGUGGCAGAUGGGCAUAAAGAACAAUGUACUGGAGUUUGUCAAUCAGUUGCUGGAUUAGAAGUUUUUGAUGGAAUUGGCCAUGGUCCCACACAACGUUUGUCUGAACUUGAUGAUCAUAAGAAUGCAUCCCUGGUCAUUGAAUCUAUCAGGCAGGAUGAAUUUGGUCUGGAUCCAAGUCUUUCUAGCAUUGAUAGUAGCAUGUUGAAGAAGCAGCAUGCUCGCCUAGGGAGAGCUCUUCACUGUCUUUCACAUGAGUUAUACUCUCAGGAUUCACAUUUUCUUCUUGAGUUGGUAAGGGUAUUGCCUUUGUUUAUUUCACUGUGCUUACAAUAAAUUGACAUGAACAACACAUUGGACCAUCCAGGUUCUUAGAGCUGAUAUUUUGAGUCUCAUGUUCUAUUAGCAAUUAUAGUUAUAGAAAUACUUGUGCGUGUGUGUAUACACUA